GGCUCUGAGUAGCUGGGACUACAGGCAUGCAUCAUGCUGGGCCUCAGGUUUUUGUUUUUUGUAAAAUGAGAGUUGAGUCAGAUGAUCUUCAAGGCAUCUCUGAAAUUUGAGAAUUCCUGGACACGUCAACAGCUGCCUAUUAGGGUUUCCCCUUGUAUCUCCUGGGUGGCUCCUGAUUUUCAGGCAUGGCUUUGCCCAGGAAGCCUCGUUCAGAUGAGAGGGCUCCAGUGCUAGUGGUUGGGCCUGUCCUUCCUCUGCCCAGCAGCUCCCUGGGCUCUGGUGUCCCUGGCGCCAGGCAUGCGUUCCCAGGAAGGAAGACGCUUUUGCCCUGUUCUAUUGCGCUUUUGGAACCUACCAGGGUCUCACGUAUCUGCCGUCUGUCUCCGGGGCUGAUGCCGCCCCCCGUCUGCGGAUGGAGGGGCUGUUUGUCUGCAGAGCCGCCUCUGGUCUGUGGAUGGAGUGGCUGUUUCUCUGCACAGCCUCCCCUGUCUGCGGAUGGAGGUCUGUGGACGGAGGGGCCGUUUCUCUGCAGAGCCGCCCCCAAUCUGCAGAUGGAGGUCUGUGGAUGGAGUGGCUGUCUCUCUGGAGAGCCUCCCCCCAUCUGCGGAUGGAGGUCUGUGGAUGGAGUGGUCGUUUCUCUGCAGAGCCGCCCCCCGUCUGCGUAUGGAGGUCUGUGGAUGGAGGGGCCGUUUCUCUGCAGAGCUGUCCCCCGUCUGUAUGGAGGUCUGUGGAUGGAGGGGCUGUCUCUCUGGAGAGCUGUCCCCCGUCUGCGGAUGGAGGUCUGUGGACGGAGGGGUCGUUUCUCUGCGGAGCCGCCCCUCGUCUGCGGAUGGAGGUCUGUGGAUGGAGGGGCUGUCUCUCUGCAGAGCCGCCCCCCGACUGUGGAUGGAGGUCUGUGGAUGGAGGUCUGUGGAUGGAGGUCUGUGGAUGCAGGGGCCGUUUCUCUGCAGAGCCGCCCCCCGACUGUGGAUGGAGGUCUGUGGAUGGAGGUCUGUGAAUGCAGGGGCCGUUUCUCUGCAGAGCCGCCCCCCGUCUGUGGAUGGAGUGGCUGUGCCUCUGGAGAGAGGCUACAGGUUUGUGGGGCUUCUGCUGUGAAGCCAGGACAUCCUGUUUGGUGAGAAAAACACCUAAGGGAGAGUCAAGAGAUUGCGGAAUCCUAAUGUCAAAGCCAACAUAUGGAAAUGUGUUUCUGCUGAGGAAGGACGGCAUUCCGCUGCACAGUGGCCCACGCCCCACAGCCGCUUUCUUGCUGCCUGUAGAAGAGGGUGAAGCUGUCUCUUUUCCU